AUGGGCGCCUAUUGGAUGAAUAAAUGUGCUCAAGCAGCGAAAAACUUCGAUCAAGAAGCAGCAAAAGAAGUAAAAGAUCAAUUUCGAAAAAGUUUCGAAAGUUUUGAUGCUGGUAUUCAAGCAUUUGAAAAAAUCAAUGAUAAAUCAAAUAUAGCUUUAUUACAUUCAAAGCUGGGUCGUUUAAUGAGCUAUUACGCACAAUUUUAUGCACCUGUAGUCAAUGGAGUUCGUCAGGAAUUCUAUCAACAAAAACGACAAAGUUAUCAAAAAGCAUUUGAUUAUUUUCAUCGAGGUUUAAAAUUAAUUGAAAAUCGUCCGGAUUUGUCCGAUAUUUAUCGUACUUUAUCAUGGGAAUUAUCAAAUACAUAUUUUACAAUGGCUACAUCACUUCAAGAUUAUGCGCCAUUGAUUACAAUGUCACAAGAUGAUGUAAGUCGAAUAAGAAAAAAAUCGGUAUUUUGUUGA